UUGCCUACCACUACUUGAACAAAGCAGGGAGGAGACUACUUUCUUAUUAUAGUACUUUGUUUUGUGAUGUUGUGUUUGCUGCUGAAAUAUAGAGUUCUAGCAUUUCUACUUUAAAAUUAUACAGUUUUGAACUUUGAAUUCAUUCGAAUGGAUAAAAUUUAGUCUUAGCAGUGAGAUGGCGAUUGUUAGCAACAAUUUUAGCGACCAAUGCAGUUUUUGCUCUAAUAUUUGCAACGGGGAAUUUCGUCAUGUACUGCUCCUCACUCACAUUAAAAAUCAGAAACAAGAAAUUAUCCUGCAGAAAUUGGCCCGUUCCACUUCCCAGUUGAGCAGUUAUCCCACGUGCGACAAAUGUCACCAAGAAUUUAUAAGCCUCCAUAGCAUUCCCGAGAGCUGCUUUCAUAUUUUGCCCAGCGCCGAACCGACUGACAUUAAGAUGGAACCAGAGUUAAUGAUUGAUGACCACGAGUUGUCGGAAAAUGAUAACGUUGUUGAGACAGACCAAACAGCGAAUUCGGAGUCAAAUGAACAGGAAGCCGAAAUGCAAAUCAAGGGAGAAAACGGAGAGGUAUUCUUUCUAAACGAAAUGGAUGGGGAAGACGAUUAUACAUCCAACAUUUCGCUUGCUUCGGGCCGUCAGAUAGGAGAAAACCUGCUAAAAUGUGGAAACUGUGACAAAACAUUUCGCUCAAAAUACGGACAUCAAUUGCACGUUCGAACUCAUACGGGUGAUUGUCCUUAUACUUGUCCACAUUGUCCAAAAGCGUUUACGAGGCCGACAACACUCCGAGAGCACCUUCGAAUUCAUACGGAUGAACUUCAAUUGCCUUGUACACAUUGUCCGAGAGCGUUUAAGAACGCUAAAGCACUCCGAUCGCACAUUCGAACUCAUACGGGCGAACGCCCCUAUUCUUGUCCACAUUGCCCGAAAGCGUUUAAGGAUUCUAAGGAAUUCCGAGUGCAUAUUCGAAUUCAUACGGGUGAACGUCCCUAUUCUUGUCCACAUUGUCCGAAAGCGUUUAAGGGUCCUAAAGAACUCCGAGUGCACAUUCGAAUUCAUACGGGUGAACGUCCCUAUUCUUGCCCACAUUGUCUGACGACGUGUAGACAACGUACGGCGCUCCAACUUCACAUUCGAACUCAUACGGAUGAUCGUCCACAUUCUUGUCCACAUUGUUCGAAGACCUUUAGACAAAGUUCGGCACUCGUACGUCACAUUCGAAUUCAUACGGGUGAACGUCCCUAUUCGUGUCCACAAUGUCCAAAAACGUUUAAGGAUGCUACAUCGCUCCAAGGGCACAUACGAAUGCAUACGGAAGAUCGUCCAUAUUCUUGUCCACAUUGUCCAAAAACGUUUAAGCGUUCUUCGGGGCUCCAAGAUCACAUGCGAACUCAUAGUGAUGAUCGUCCCUAUCCUUGUCUACAUUGUCCGAAAGCGUUCAAACAUAGUAGUUCGCUCCAGAAGCACAUUCGAUUACACACCAAGUAGAAACGAGACUUUUAACAAGUCCUAUAAACUCACCAUGGGAAACCAACUGAUGGUUUCCGUGUCACUGAAAGCUGCUGACAAGUAAUCAUUUAGAGACCACAAGACGAAGAUUUUUAAGAAUUUACAAAAAUAUGCAGAAUCUACGUAGGUUUUUCAUUAGAGGUGCCAUAUGUCAGAUUAUUUCACAAGUUCUUACCCCCAAAGGCCAAUCGCUUCCAAAGUGCCUGGCAUCAUGCUCUUCAUCACCUUAAUGCUUUUCACACAGAAGAGAUGCCCCAUAAUGCGUGGGUUGCUGUACCAUCCACUGUGUCGUUCAUGUGCUCACACUGAGCAACCGCACCCAUCAUGCGACUUACCAGACGAGAUGGUUGGCUAGACUUAUACCGCUAGCCGGGACACCUUGUUUGAUCGGGAUAACUUUACUCACCGGAAUCGGUACCAGAUCCGGGUGUGGGCCGGAUUGCGAUGAGGUUCUGGUGUUCUAGCACUACUGCUCGCAGAAGAGUGUGGCAGGAGCUAACAGGACAGGGAAUGUUUUAGGCAGAUAGAAAAAAGAGUUGAUAGAAUGCGAUUAUAUAGACGCUGUGGGAAAUCCGAAGAACUAUUUUAGUGAAAUAAAUUAUCCUGAUUUUGACAUAGGACUAUGUCUUCGAUUUCUAUAUAGGAGGGUCACUCUACGAAAAAUGUAACGAUUUAUUAAGAGUUUUCAAACGCAUAUUACGCAAAAUCGUCAUGUCAUAAUAUCGAGCAUGUUAUUUGGUUAUGUAAAAAUGCAGUUAAUGAAUUUAACUGGAUGCUGAUUCAGAAGAUCGAAAGAGUAUACUCACGCAUAUCAGAUUAUGAAAGCUUGAGUAGUCGCGAUCUUAAUAUUAUGCUCUCUAGAUAUGUCUUCCUAAGAAACCCGCUUCACUUCCUCGAAUGCACAUGUCAGUUCUCCUUUCCCUUUCCUAUACAUAAGCAGAACUUAGCACCCAAUGAGAUUAAUUCACUACAGCAGCUACAAAAAAUUCUCUUCUCAACAGAGCACUCAUGGCCAUGGAAUACUCAAUAUACAUCACCGGACUAUAAAGUCAUUACAAAAAAUGUUUCGGACAACGUGGCGAUGAAGGAGAAAAUGCUAUUUUUAUCUAUAAUAUAUUUCUGUAGUCAUAGAUACUUUUAAACUCUUAUACUUUUAACAUAAAUAGGGAAACUGUUAUUUCAUGAGGUCGGAUCGGGCAGUCGUCGGGCGCGGACGUAUUUUUUUUGUUGCUCCGCGCAUACUUACGUUUCAAAUUACUUGUUUACGUGAGACAGGAACAAAUAUGUUUUCGUUUUGCUCUCAUUGUUUUAAAUGGAGAUUUUAAAUAUAGUCGUGAAAAGUGCUUAAAUUCGCGAAUUCGAAAUUUUUUCCCAAUCACUGUGUUGAAAAAGGGACUUGAGCAACGUACCGAAGAAAUGUAUUCGUUUGGGCGCAGUGUCUUUAAACGUGUUUGGAAUGCACGAAAAAGUGUGCUCCCUGCUUUAGUGAUUGUGGAGUGUAUAAAGUUUUCUAACUAGCGACCAAUGCAGUUUUUGCUCUAAUAUAUGCAAUGAGGAAUUUCGUCAUGUACUGCUCCUCACUCACCUUCGAAAUCAGAAACAAAAAAUUAUCCUGCAGAAAUUGGGCCGUUCCACUUCUCGGU